AACCCCUUCAACAAGUAAUUGUAAAAGAGUUAAAAACCUUCUUAGUCUUCCACUAGUCUUUUUUUUCACUUUACCACUUCACCAACAAUCCAAAUCAACCUCGCAACUUGUCUCUCUCGUUUUCUUCUUCUUGUUCAAUAUGAAGAUCACUGUCAUGACUGCUGAUGAACAAAUUCUCAACUUGGAUGUCGAUCCCAACGAAUCUGUUGAAAACGUUAAAGCCUUGCUUGAGGUUGAGACAAGUGUGCCUAUUCAGCAACAACAGAUUCUUUUCAAUGGAAAUGAGGUGAACAAUUCUCAGAAAUUGAGUGCCAUUGGUGUUAAGGAUGAUGAUUUGCUAAUGAUGACGGUCUCUAGGGCCGCCGGUGCCGGUGCCGGUGCUUCUAGUGGAUCUGCGAAUGAUUUGAGCUUCAAUACUGAUGGAUCUGCUAUAAACCCUGGUGCUUUUCAGCAGCACUUUAGACGCGAUUCUAAUUUGAUGGGUCAGCUCUUCCAGAAUGACCCGGAGUUGGCACAAGUUAUUCUGGGGAAUGAUCUCAAUAAAAUCCAGGAAAUUUUGCGAUUGCGUCAUCGCCAAAGAGAUCAAUUACGACGUCAGAAAGAAGAAGAGAUGGCUCUUCUUUAUGCCGAUCCUUUUGAUGUUGAAGCACAAAAGAAGAUUGAAGCUGCCAUCCGCCAGAAAGGAAUUGAUGAAAAUUGGGAAGCUGCACUUGAACAUAAUCCUGAAGGUUUUGCAAGAGUGGUCAUGUUGUAUGUUGACAUGGAGGUUAAUGGCGUACCAAUGAAGGCAUUUGUUGAUAGUGGAGCACAAUCUACUAUUAUAUCAAAAACCUGCGCUGAGCGUUUAGGAUUACUGAGACUUUUAGAUCAGCGAUACAAAGGAGUUGCUCACGGAGUUGGCCAAACCGAAAUCUUGGGUAGAAUACAUGUAGCUCCAAUCAAGAUUGGGAAUAUAUUUUACCCUUGUUCAUUCUUAGUGCUGGAUUCCCCUAACAUGGAGUUUCUCUUCGGGCUGGAUAUGCUCCGAAAGCAUCAGUGUAUAAUUGAUUUAAAAGAAAAUGUUUUACGAGUUGGUGGAGGAGAAGUUUCAGUGCCGUUUUUGCAAGAGAAAGACAUUCCAUCUCGGUAUUUAGACGAGGAGAAGUAUUCCAAGGAAGCUUCAAGCUCUGGAGUCCCUCCCCCGGUUGUUACAUCGGGGAGCAAUAAUUCAUCACAAGGAGGUGCUUCUGGUGGUGACAGGUCUAAGGAUUCUGAAUUUGAAAGCAAAGUUGCAAAGCUUGUUGAGCUAGGAUUCGAAAGACAAGCAGUUAUACAAGCUCUUCAACUAUUCAAUGGCAAUGAGGAACAAGCAGCUGGGUUUCUUUUUGGCUGAAAAUAGCUUUUCUUUAUACUAUUGAAAAUGGAUUCAUUUCUUACUUGAAUUUCAUUUCAAAUUGUAGAAAACAAGUUAUAGACCUCAUUGAUUCAUGAUAUGGCAUUUACAGUCAACUUUCAUACUGGAAGGAAAUUUUCUAUUUGUUUGAUAACUAAUUCGUUGUUUCUCAA